CUAUUAAACAAAUCUAUCUUCCUUAAGAAUCUCAUUAGAGUGCGGCUGAUAGGCAGUUCUCGCUUGCUUUCAAAAUAAGGGUUCCCAGAGCCCGUCUGCAUUUUUCCACACCGUUAACUGUUCUUAAUACAAAAAAUCUCGAACUUUGAUCAUUUGCAUUGAAACUUUAACCUAGUCGGUUUAAUUUCAAGAUAUUGCCGUUUUUGACAGUCUGAGUAUUUAUUAAAAGAUCACGUUAAUCAAGAGACAUUGUGGAACAUACCACAAUGUUAACAUUAAUGUACAUAAAUAAGUCAAAGAGGAGCAUAUCUUUUUUAUUUUAUAAUUUUCUGUAUAUAAUUUUUUUUUCCAUUUAUUUCCUUAUUUUCCAUUAUUAUGUCUACACUUUUUUCAUGUUUUGUUGUAGACUUUAAAUUCAUUGACUUUGAUUUGAUCACCGAACCAAAAAAGUCAAGUUGACGGAAAGCAAGUAAACAUCACAGAAAGCACGGUACUAUUUUGAAAUCCAAUGUUGUCCGAAAACGCUCUUUUCCUGCUUCAGCGUCUAUGACGACACGAGCUGUGAUUGGUGGAACCGGCGCGGCGAAAGACCGACGAUAUUUGGCGCCAUUUGCAGAAAACAAUUCAACUCAACAGAAACGUACAUUAUUACAGAAUAUGGACUUUGAAUAAACUCCUCCAAUGAACGUUUGAUUACCAAAAGAAUAUUUUUAAAUAGGUUUUAAUUCGCUGUCCACUUUUUACUUUGAAAGUUGUCGGAUUAUGUUGCAACGCAUCCCCGAAGGAAACACAAGAAUAGGUUUUUAGGGGUAAAACGAUGACUGGGGCUGUUGCUAUGGCAGCUGUCAUGGAGGAUUUUGAGAGUCAGCCAUGCAAGGAAUUAAGGAAAGAUGCAGUAGCACCACCUGUCAAGACUAUUGCAAGUUACUUUGCGCCCAAGCCGGUGGAAAAACCCUUCUCGCCACCACGAACCAACAACAUUAUGGACUACUUUAAGAGGACCUCACCUGCUCAAGAAAUAAAAAGCUGCUCUCAGGUAGCUAAAGAGAAUUCCCUGCAACCUUCAGAGCAAGUUGGUGGACAUGGAAUUCCCGGCAAGCCUUUACGAUCGAAAGGUCUGAAGCGAACCAGGAGGACCAAGGAGAUGAAGAAGUCCAAAGAUGAGGAUGAGAAAGUGGCUGCCACCGACGAUGUUAUCUUGAUAGAUGACCGUAAAGACUCUGCUAUAAAGGAAAGUACCAAGGGUUGUGAUGCUUCUGCCCUUCAGGAUAAAACUGGACAUGAUGUCUCUUCAGAUAAAGAAUCAGGUAUAAGGAAAAUUCCGGCAAAGACUGAUCCAAACGCCACAAAAGAUUCAGUAGAAAGCUCUGAACAAAAGUACCUAUUAAACCAAAACAGGAAGAAAGAUUGUGGGAAUCCUGCUCCUGAAGCUCUUGAGGAGGAGAAGGGUAAAAACAAGAAAUCUGGCUUGAGAAGAAACCGAAAGGCAAAGAGUGGCUGUGAAGAGGCAAAGCAUUGUGCAGGUAGUGUUCAGGAUUCUGAUCAGCCUAUAUGUGAUGCAAAACCUGAGGGAUGUGCGGAUAAGAUAUCCACUCAUAGUACCAGCACUGUCACAAUAUCAUUUGAAGACUUUGUGUUUAAUGAGAGCCAAAAGCAGGUUGAGGGAAACGCCGUUUCCAGUUCUGACUGCGUUGUUCCUGAGGCAUCAGCUAUAAUUAAUCUCUGUAAUGAUAAGAUUACAGAGGAACAACAAGAUGAAGUUGUUCCUCUACAGGUCUCUCCUCGAACUCUCACGGUCCAGGCUGAGGUGCAUUCCAUUUCCCCCAAACAUGAGUUGGUCAAGGUUGCCAAGGAUUUAAAAGUGGCAAGGAUUUUUAGUAGAAACAGAAAAAGUCAAGCAAAAGAGGACAAAACUUUGGCUAUUCUUAACCCAGAAGUUAAACAAGAUGUAGUGCCUGACCGCAAAAAGAAAUCUAAUGUUGUUCUUCUUGAAGAAGAUUUGGUACUUGAUGUAUUGGAGUCUUCCCCCAAUCCGAAAAGCACUGAGGCAGAGAGAAAACAGUUUAUGAAUGCUUUCAAACAACCUAGCCUUGAUGGGUUUAAAAGCAAACCCAACAAAGGCCAAAGCAAACAGAACCAGGCUCAAGAGACAGUUCCUGAGGCAGUGGAAAAGGAGCAAGAAGACACAUCUCUGGAGAACAAACCUGUGACCAGCUCCGAGCAGAAUGAAGAACAGAAAAACUGUUCUGGCGAAAAAAAUAAGCGACUUAGGAAGGCAGGGAAAAAGAGACCAGCUAAGAUGGAUAAAGAGGUACCAGUUGAGACUGAUAAACCCAAGGAACUUAUCAAAGAGAUGGAGGAUGAAAAGGAAAGUAGCCCAGCUGAUGAUGAAAGCAACAAACAGACUGUCAGAGAGCUGAGGAGGUCAACCAGAGAUCUUUCACAUAAGCAGUCUGCCGCUGAGCUCAACACAAAUUCAACGUCCCGGAACAGAAGGCAAACAAGUAAAGUGAAGGAUGAUGUGACUCAUACACCCUCCCUGGUCUCAACUCCAAAGGUUCAAAGGCACAAAAAGGGCAUUUAUAGAGCGGAAAUGCUGUGCCCACCAGAUAUGAAAGGCAGCCCCAUCAGGAUGAUAAUCACCAGAGUGUUUCCAUCAUCUGCCACUAAAGCUGGAGACUUUGAAAUAUCAAGCCCUCUCUCAUCACGGGAACUGAAUGCAUAUAAGAAAAGAAAACAAGCUAAGAAGCUGGUGGAGAAAGCCAAAGCCCUCCAGCAAAGCAAAAAGGACACUACUAAGAAGGAAACUCUACGACGCUCUACAAGAAGUGUAAAUUACUGUGAGAAUGAGGACUCUGUUGUAUUUUUGGAUGAAAGUAAAAGCACUCCAGUCACUACACAGGAAAGUGGCAAAAGCCAGAAGCUUCGUAGUUUAAAUGAGGUUUUGGGUAAAGGUACAUCUCAGAGCAAAGCUUGCAAGACACCUACAGGUGGUAAACCGGCCCCUCUGUGUAUUGAGAAAAAGGCUCAGAGACUGUCAACUGUCAUCUCUAUCUUUGACGACAGCAGUCAAGAGGCAUCUGAGGCCUCACAGGAUGAUGAACAGUUCAGAGCAAAGAUAGAGUUUUUGAAGAGUGGCCUUCCAGAGUCUUUCAAAAAGCAGAUUGCAAAGACCGCAGCCAGUCGAGAGACUUACAGUCAGGCCUGUGCUUCAUUUCUAACAGUGGUUCAUGUCCAACAGAGGGCUGCAGAUUGUUCUAUCUGGAACCUCCAGUGGCCUACAAAUCCCUUCCUGGUGUGUUUAAAGGAGUCUUAUGAUUUGCCAUCUAUACCACUGAUGUCUGUGGAGAGGUCCUUGAGUUAUACUACAGUUCCUGCUAAGAAAACAUUUGACCAGCGGGUUUCUUUUUGUUGGAAAGAGAUGCCCGAGUCUGUCAGACAGCAACUUUUGGAGGAGAUAAAGUUUUCCAAUCCCCCUUUUCCUCACCAAAGGUUAUUUAUGCGUUUUGUUAAGAGACGUGAAGACUACAAGCUCCAGGCCUCAGCCCUAGAUCCUGUAGGCCAGGCUAAACCGUUCUGUCCCUCCGAGUCAUCUAAUGGCAUCGGAAGGAAACGGAAGCGUGUAGAUGAAGGAGAGGGAACGGGCAAAGUGGGGAAAAAAACAAAGUCCAGUCACACAGAUGAAGAGCACAUCUUCAUUGACUCGCCAGACAGCUCUGCAUCUCGCGCAUCACCGGAUGUUACUGAACCGCUGCUUUCUAGAAGAAGUCGAAGAGGUCGAUUACAGCGACAGAAGCAGAAUAAAGAAGCCAAGCCUGCAAAGGUGACAUCGCCCGUGAGGAACCAGAGUGUCUCCCCAGGAGCUGUCGGCACAGAAGAUGCAGUAAAGGAGGAUGUGCUUUGGACAGAGAAAUAUCAGCCACAGCAUUCCUGUGAUGUAAUUGGAAAUAUGGAAUCCGUCCGGAAGCUACACAGCUGGCUAAAAGAGUGGAAACUGAGAGCUGACCGAGAGGAGAAGAGAAAGCAGCAAGAUGAUGAUGCUAACGAGUCCUGGCUCAUGGGUGAGGGAUUGGAGGAGAUGGAAGAUCUUCUGUGUAACACGCUGCUUAUCACUGGACCCACUGGUGUGGGCAAGACUGCUGCAGUCUAUGCCUGUGCUCAAGAGCUGGGCUUCAAGGUUUUUGAGGUGAACUCCUCUUCUCAAAGAAGUGGCCGCCAGAUCUUGUCACAGCUGAAGGAAGCCACUCAGUCCCACCAAGUGGACAUCCAGGGUGUCAACUCCCAAAAACCAUCCUACUUCAGCAAUUAUAGCAGCACAAGCAUCAACACCAAACCUGGAGCCUCUCCAAGAAAGGUAAACUCGCCCAGAAGGGUUGUAUCAUCCCCCAGGAAGCCUCCUCAGUCUCCUCAAAGUAAUCCAUUGAGGAGAGGAGGAUUAGCCCCUACAUCUCUGGCCAGUUUCUUUAAAGCAGGUGCAAGACCUGCCAGCAAAGAAGCAAACAACCAGGACAAGAAAGCACAAACUGGGUUAAAAACAUGUCCAAAGAAGGAGACCGUCAAAAAAGGCACAGAGGGUUCUUGUCCUACACCAGCGAGCACUAAGAUCUCUGCUGAAGACCAGGGCAAGAGGGCUGCCACAUCCCUCAUUUUAUUCGAGGAGGUGGACAUCAUUUUCGACGAAGACACUGGGUUCCUGGCUGCAAUAAAAACCUUCAAUGCCACGACCAAGAGACCAGUCAUUUUGACAACCAGCGAUCUGACUUUCGGUGCUACUUUUGAUGGGUACUUUGAAGAGAUCCAUUUUAAAGCUCCUUCAGUGGCAGAUGUGUCCAGUUACCUGCAGCUGCUGUGUCUGGCAGAAAACAUGAGAACAGAUGUUAGGGAUGUAUCCUCUCUGCUGGACUGGAACAGGUGUGAUAUUCGUCAAAGCCUCCUGCACCUGCAGUUCUGGGCCUGCAGUGGUGGUGGAAAGCAGAUUCAAAAGCCUCUACCUACCUCAGAUGUCAUAUGUAAUGUUCAGAGUGACAGUCAUCAGUCUGUGAAAAGUGAGGAUCUGUGUGGGGAUGGUUUACCACCCUGCCACAGUGCUUGCACAGAAAGUUUGUUGGGGAUCUGGAAUUUGGAAACAGAAAAUGUUGAAGAAUUGUUGCUUAAGAACGAGUCUUCAGUACUUGAAAGCAUUAAAUGCUGGGAUCUUCUCUCAGAGGUCCACAGAAGGGGGGUAAAUCUUCUUUAUUCAAAUAUGGAGAGUCUUCUACCUCUGCCCACCCAUCCCUUACUGCCAUCCACCAUCAGAUCACAACCAGCACCAAACACACAACCUCAACCUGAGCACUUACCCCAGACUGUGAGACCAGAUGUUCUGGAAGAGCGCUCUGAUGACUGUAGUCCUCUAAAAGUGUCCUCCAGAAUGAAGGGGAGAAAGAAGCUUGGCAUGGGCAAUAAAGGCGUUUUCCAUUCCGACUCGGAUUCAGAUGACUUCCUCUCUCUGUCGAAACCCAGCAGAGCUUUUGUUCAAAAGACUAAGAAAAAACAAGCAGAUCAGUCUUUGUCACACGUGUCUGAAGGUGUUCCAGUGAAACAGAGGCGCGCUGUGUUAUCUGAAGCUGAGAGAAAGAAGAGCGAGCCAGUGUUGCAGUGUUUAGGCAGCUUAGCAGAGUACAUGGACCAUAUGUCCUUUCUGGACUCGUCGCUUCAUUGCCAGCCCUUGCAGACGGAGGGAUCCUGCAGACCACAGGACUUUUGCUGGACCGGUGCAGAGGUCAAAAGUGGGAUGACCGAUGAUGUUCGGUUAGAGUGUGGAAGUCAGGUGAAUGGGGUGAGUGGAGAGGAAAUCCAUGCUGUGCUCGGGCAUUUGAGCUUUAGACGGUGCAGGGCUGCUGUCUCUAAAGCAUGGGAUAAAGCACAGAAACUGGAAGAGGACAUCAGAAGAGAGGCAGAGGUAGAGCUCAGCCUUCCUGUGGCUCCACACAGGCAAAGUUUCAGCCUUGCUCAAACCACACCCUGCGAAGCAAGGGUGAUGGAGAGGAGAAGUGAGGUGAUGCGGUCAGUGCUGUCCAGCAGAUCGGCUGGAGUUCUGGGGAACCGAACAGCCGUUUCCCUGGACUACAUGCCCUCUCUACGUGCCAUCUGUAAGUCAGAGAGACUGAAGGAGCAGGGGAAGAUCAAACGCAGAUUCUUGCACUAUUUGGAUAGUAUUCACUUCACUCUUCCUAAAAGCACCAUGGAGUGUCUGGCCUCAGAGUUUCCUUAAAUUACACACCUCUUUAAGCGGCCAGUUAAGGACUGCUGGUUAAUAUACAUUUGUACAGUAAUAUAUACUCCGAUGAAGUGUGUGGUUUUAUGUUGUCUUGUGGACAUUUGUACUUUUUUUUAAUAAAUUUGCUGUGGCUCGUUAUAAAGAUAAUCGUUUUGUCAUUUUCAGAAUGUUUUAAGUAAUAAAUUUGCUAUUUGCCAGCAAGCAUUUUGGUCUGUGAAGCUGAAAAACAUAAUGGUCCUAUGAAAAUGUGGACUUGGGUGCCCUGUAUAUUUCAUCACUUUAUGUGGUUCAAAAGACAUGGAGCUUACAUUGGUUUUGAUCAUUGGUGUAAAUGCAACUACAAGUCAUGAAUCCAGUUUUUCACUUACAAAGUCUUUUAAAUUGUGCAGUUUUCAUUUGAGUCCUGGACAUUAUACAGUAUAUACUGUACAUAAACAUUUUAUAACCUAGUCAAACGCACUUUUCAACAUAACGUUCUUUUUUUGUAUGUGAUAACAGGGUGAACAAUGAAGUUUAACACUUGUUGCAAAUUUAUGGUAGCACUUUAU